UUGUCCAUUUACAAGAACAUAGAGAGAUAGAGAGAGAGAAACAACUGUUGACAUCAUUUAAAUCUCACUCUCUCUCUAAGUUUAACUUCACUCUCUCUCUCUGUCUCACUAUAUCUCUACAUUGCAUUUGGAUCCUGAGGAUUGUGGAUGUGUUUGUGAGAGAGAGAAUCAUCAGAUCGGAGAUGUCGGAUGUUUCAGCCGACGGAGGUUACUCGGAGACGCCUUAUCCCUCCCUAACGGUGUCGGCGUCUUACAAAGAGAGCAGCGGAGGAGGGAAAAGCUCGUCGAGGAGGAGACCGGUUCGGCCUAGCUUCGACGCCUCCGCAGCCGCCGACAAUGAGUUCAUCACUCUGCUCCACGGCUCGGAUCCGGUGAAGCUGGAGCUUAAUCGCCUUGAGAACGAAGUCAGAGAUAAGGAUCGAGAGUUAGGAGAAGCACACGCUGAGAUCAGAGCCUUGAGGUUAUCUGAGAGGCAGCGAGAGAAAGCUGUUGAAGAGCUUACUGAUGAGCUUACUAAGUUGGAGGAGAAGCUUAAGUUAACUGAAUCUCUUCUCCAAGGCAAAAAUCUAGAAAUAAGGAAGAUCAAUGAGGAGAAGAAGGCCUCCAUGGCUGCUCAGUUUGCUGCUGAAGCCACCUUAAGAAGGGUCCAUGCUGCUCAAAAAGAUGAUGACAUGCCUCCUAUUGAAGCCAUUCUAGCUCCUUUAGAAGCUGAGCUUAAGCUUGCACGCUCUGAGAUUGGGAAGCUUCAAGAAGAUAAUAGAGCCUUGGAUCGUCUCACUAAAUCAAAAGAAGCGGCUUUACUUGAUGCUGAGAGAACUGUUCAAAGUGCUAUGGCAAAAGCUGCCUUAGUUGAUGACCUUCAGAAUAAGAACCAAGAGUUGAUGAAACAAAUAGAGAUCUGUCAGGAAGAAAACAAGAUUCUAGACAAAAUGCAUAGGCAAAAGGUUGCCGAGGUGGAAAAGCUAACUCAGACUGUAAGAGAGCUGGAAGAGGCUGUUCUUGCUGGUGGCGCUGCUGCUAAUGCCGUGAGGGAUUACCAACGGAAGUUCCAAGAGAUGAAUGAAGAACGAAAAACUCUAGACCGGGAACUUGCGCGUGCAAAGGUUACAGCAAACCGAGUUGCGACGGUGGUUGCAAAUGAAUGGAAGGAUGGUAAUGAUAAAGUGAUGCCUGUGAAGCAAUGGCUUGAAGAAAGAAGGUUUCUACAGGGAGAAAUGCAGCAGCUACGCGACAAGCUUGCCAUCUCAGACCGAGCUGCGAAAUCUGAAGCACAACUAAAAGACAAGUUUCAACUACGGCUUAAAGUGCUUGAAGAGACGCUGAGAGGCACCUCAAGGAACACAACUGAGGGAAGAAGCAUGGGUAAUGGAUCCUCUCGGAGGCAGUCACUCGGUGGAUCAGAUAAUCUACAAAAGUUCGCAUCAAAUGGCUUUUUGCCAAAGAAAUCUCCAUCUUCUCAGAUGAGGAAUGCCUUUAAUUCUAACUCCAACUCGGUGUUGAGGAACGCUAAAGGAACAUCUAGGUCAUUUGAUGGAGGUACAAGAUCAUUGGACAGAGGCAAAGCACUUCUAAAUGGACCUGGUAAAUAUUCAUUCAACAAGGCUUGUGAUGAAGCGAAAGAAUCAGAGUCGCCUAGUGCCUGGAAAGAAGAAGAUUCAGAGGAGAAGCCACCAAGUGAACUCCCUCCGCCAACAACUGAAGACAAUGUCCCGGGGGUUUUGUAUGAUUUGCUUCAGAAGGAAGUAGUUGCCUUGAGAAAAUCUUCACAUGAAAAGGAUCAAAGCCUCAAGGACAAGGAUGAUGCUAUAGAGAUGUUAGCGAAAAAGGUUGAGACAUUAACAAAAGCAAUGGAGGUUGAAGCAAAGAAGAUGAGAAGGGAAGUAGCUGCAAUGGAGAAAGAAGUUGCUGCUAUGCGUGUCGAUAAAGAUCAGGAUAAUAGAGCAAGAAGGUCUUCAAACACCAAGAACUCAUCCACCACUGCCCAGAUUCUUGCUGGAAGAGCUGCUGGACGAAGUGGGUUAACGAGGAGCACACAAUGAGAUGAGUGAAGUGAUUAGUUCUUGUGGACGUAUCAGUUUAAACAAGUAAACCCCGUUAUAGACUGGUGUGCUCUUUUUUAACUUUAUAUCUUGUUAUUCGCUUUCUUUACAUCCUCUUGUGAUUUAUUGUAUAACCAUAGAGCUCAUGAGAAUGAUAUCUAUGGUACCAACCACCCAACAAAAAGAGAGAGAUGAGUAUGCUUUCUGACUUAGAUCAGCUUACAGGGGGAGGAGAGAUGUUUGACAUUUUGGUAUAACAUUUUGUAUCCUAUGGAACUAGUUUGCCUGGGCUGUAUAGGUUUAUUAGCUUUGCAUUUGGAGCUUGUGUACUUGCACUUGUUCGGUUUCUUAUUCAAUCUACUUGAGGUGUUGUGUGAUAAUUUCUACUUCUGAUUUUGUUGUUAUAUGCGUCUCUAUUUAGAUC